AAUUCUGUCUUGACCAUAUAUCUCCUCAAUCACUCCCCAUUAGCCCAACUUUUCAUGAUUUUUAUGAUCACAUUCACAUUGAUGAAAAAUGGUUUGAAAUCACCAAAAAAACACAACAUUCUAUGCUCUUCCAGAGGAACCUGACCCCUACAGAACCACUCAAAGCAAAAGCUUCAUACCAAAGAUCAUGUUCCUGGCUGCAGUAGGCAGGCCAAGGUAUGGGGAGGGUGGAGAUUUGUUAUGGGAUGGGAAAAUAGGCAUUUUCCCAUUCACUUUUGAAGAGGCAGCUCAAAGGUCUAGUAAAAACAGGCCUGCAGGGACAUUGGAAACUAAGGCUGAACCAACUGUGAAUAGAGAUGUUAUGAAGAGAAUGUUACUGACUAAAUUGAUACCUGCAAUUAAGCAGAAAUGGCCUGGGUCAUCAAGGGAUAUUAUUAUCCAACAAGAUAAUGCUAAGCCUCAUGUGGAUGGCAAUGACCUUGAAAUUGUUGCAGCUGCUCAAGAAGGGGACUGGAACAUUCAACUGAAAUUCCAGCCCCCCAACAGCCCUGAUCUAAAUAUUAUGAGGCAAAACCAGUGGCAUGGAAGAGUAGAAAGCCCUUCCAGCAAGCCCAGGCAUACCCAAGGCACAACUAGUGCUACUAUUUCCCUCCCCUCAUCAGUUUCCAAGACAGACCACACCUGCCAAGUCAUCAAUCAGUCCUUACCUCAUGCAAAUGAAGUAAGGGAAUUGGUAAGGCGAAAAAUUAGACUUACCUAUGGAGGAGGCAAUGUUGGCCUUCAAAGAGCUGUUGCUUCAACAGUCUAUACCAAUGAUGGUAUAGUUAGAGGCUUCAUACCAGGGUACAUGGCAGCACGACAGGUCUACGGACCUACGUGUGGUGCAGAAUACACAGUUUCUAGCAAUUACUAUAAGUAUUUCGAGAUGAAUCAUGUUGUGGAGACCUUCAUCAUACUUCCUGGAGGGAUUGAUACUAUGGAAGGUUUGUUCACUUUGAUCUCAUGGGCAUCUGAAGGGUUGCACAGUAAACCCAUUGGUCUCUUGAAUAUUGACGGUUAUUUUAAUAACCUAAUCAAAUUUCUAGAUGACGCGGUGAGGCAGAACUUCAUGGCUUCCCGUCAGAGGAAACUUUUCAUCUCUUCUUUCUUUAUUGAUGAGCUCUUAGACAAACUAGCGUUUGCUAAAGCUUUUCCAGGUCCUGGGGCUAGUUAUGAUGACUUCAUAAAUCCUGGGGCAUUGGACUUAGAGUUGCAUUUGUAAUAUUAUUUUAUGUAAUUUCAGUUGAAUUUAUGUUGGAAUAAUAUUGUCCAUGAACACUAUGAGUUAACCAUAAAUAUUAUUCUAAGCUGCAUGGCCAGUGCAAGUCAGAAAAAUAUCUAUUUUCAACAUCAGAAUGCAUCAUGUAAAUAUCAAACAUUUUCAAAAGAUGGGUCCAAUGAAAGAUUUCAUUAUAC